ACUCUACAUACUGUAUUACAAUAUUAAUACACAUUUCUUCGCCUUUCAUUCUCCCCCUCGCAUCUCCUUCCACUCGUGUCGAUGCCUACUAGAAAUGGGCACACAGAGCAAGUCUGCCGAGAUAUAUUAGUCUGCUUAGUCAACCAAGAACCCCUCUAUUGGGCGGGGGAUUUGGGUCAUGUGGGUCACGAUGGCUCCUCAACCGGGGGACGUUUGAAGCUCCCUUCGCCCUCUGCUCGUUCUGCCGUUGAUAAGGGAUUCCUGGAAAGGAAGCUUAAUUAUGUUCAUUCGCCGGAGAUGCGGAUAGCCUUGACAAGUCUAACAAGUUUGACCGGGCAUCGGAAUGAUCGAUCAAUCCAUUUGUGUGGAGUGAGAGAAGGAGAGGGAGGAAAACAAAUUCCCCCAGACGAAACCCGAUUCAUACCUGACGUACCUUGAUCAGGAAACUUACUUUGCAUACGAGUUGGAUUUGUUUUGCUUUGCCCGCUUUCUCCCCCUCUUUUGCUCAAAGGAAAAUACACACACACACACACACACAUCACAUCACAUCAUGACCAGGACUCUUGAGCUUCUCGAUGCGUUGCUUGGAGAUCUGUGUCUGUCGGAACUGCAAAGAAACACACUGUGAGUCGGCUUGGCAAAGUUGCAGGUUGUCUGGAGUUGCCACGACCAUGUCACCGUGUUCCGAGGAGCUGGUGUGCAGGUUCAACAACGACGACGGCAUCCACGCGGCCCUCGACAAGAACACCACAUCUUCAACCUCGAUAGCGGACCUGUCAGAGGACAUCUUCUUGCUGGUCCUGAGGGACUUGUCCGCUUGGGACCUCGUCAGUUGUCAGCGAGUGUGCAGUUCGUGGCGCUCCGCCUUCAGCAGAGAGGGAUACAUCAGACUCGUGCUGCAGAAUUACCCGCGGACGAGAGAGAUCAGGUCGCUACCCAGGAGCGCACUCAAUUUCAACUCUUCCUUCCGACCCUCCUCUCUCGGGUGGCAAGAGCUGCUCCUCUUGAUCGCGACGCGGUACAGGAACCUCUCCAGGGGCACGGCGAGGCAGGUGCUCAGAUACCCCAUGGCCCCCCUCGAACAGCACGGCGACUGGUACAGCGUCGGCCAGUGGGAGUACCACGAGAGUCAACCCGGAGGCCGUCUGUACUACGAGACCGCCGCCAUCCACCUGAGCAAGCUCGGGGCCAAGCCUUACCUGUUCAGGCCGACCAUGUGGUCGUACGACGACGGACUCUUGGUCUACGCCCCUUCCUCGCGGUGUCUCGGCGACAAGGGGUACUUCCCCGAGACGCUCAGCCUCUUGGACCUGUCCACCGGGCGGCAGUGUCCCGUGCCUUUUAGCAACGAGGGCAAGAUCAUCCGCAACCUCCGGCUCAAAGACCGGACCUUGAUCAUCGAGUGGGCCGAGAAGGACCCCUUUCACAACCUCAACGCCAUGGAACAGGUCAACCGGCACUUUGCAAACUGUUUCGACGUCCGUCGCCGAGGCGGCGGCGGCGACGACGACCACGAGCCGUGGGAGGUGUGCUGGCGGUCCGAGUGGAAGAUGCACUUCCUGGGCCUCCCGCCCAACUACCACGACCGGUUCUUCUCCACCCACGACUCGACGCACUACGCCGUGUACUUUUGGCAGCCGAACCGGAGCAUGUACACGGGGGACGAGGAGCUGCCGAUCGAGUCCCUGUCGGUGUGGGACAUUUCCCGCCGGUCGCCCUACCGGCCGUCGACCGACCCGUCCGGCAGGUUCCGCCCGCCCGACCACCACCGCCGCCGCGACGGCCCCCGCGUCGUGUCGAGGUUCUCCUUCACCGACAUGGACUUUGUGGGCGUCCGGCAGCACGCCAGCAUCGCGCUGAUGUCCCUCCGGGUCGACUCGGGCACGAGGUCCCUGACGGUGCGGGAGAACGUCAACGUCGCGGGGCAGGGCUACUUCGACCCGGCCGAGCGGCUGUGGUGCGCGAGGACGACCACGUUCCCGUUCGAGGGGCAGGGCCCCCGGCUGUACCGGGAGUGGGACGGGAACCUCCCGCCCUACCGGGGCCACUGCAGCAUGGAGAGCGCCGACGUGGAGGAGAGCGAGCGUUGGUUCCUCCCCGUCAUGGACGUGGUCGACGCCGACGCCGGCGUCCGGAUGAGCCUGGUGGAGACGUGCUUCUCCGGCCAGAGCGUCGAGAACAGACUGGUCGUCAGGUUGAAGGUGACGGGUGCCGCCGACACCACCACCGCCGCCGCCGCCGUCGACGAAUGGGUCACGUUGGAGGAUCAGCUCGCCGCAGAAGUCAGCGCCAUGGGGAGGAUCGCGGGCGACGAGCGGUGGCUGGUCGGACAGAAUGACCGCAUGGAGAUUGUGGUGUUGAAAUUUUGACUUCACUCACACACACACACGCCGAGACUUGAUGAUCCAUCACAUAGCAGGACAAAGGAGAUGUCCGGGAAGUAAGGAAAUUUUUGUUGUACCCCCCAAAGCCCAGGCCAGUCCAGUAUGUAUUCGAGCGACAACAAAGUGAUUGUACAGGUUGCGACGAGGGACCCCCCUGACAAAAACAACCCUAGGUAUAAAUAUCCUUUUUGAUUCUCUUUCUUACAUUCCAAAUCAUAAACCCUGAG